AUGUCUGAUCUCGGUUUUCUUCAUUAUUUUCUUGGUAUUGCUGUUCGCAGAGACAAGUCGGGAUUGUUUUUGGAUCAACGGAACUACGCAGCUGAUAUUCUUCACCGUGCGAAUAUGUCUCACUGCAAACCAUGUCGCACUCCGGUUGAUACUGCCGCCAAACUGCAAGCCGACAUUGGCGAGCCCGUUGCAGAUCCGACUCUCUAUCGCAGCCUUGCUGGUGCUCUACAGUACUUGACGUUCACUCGGCCGGACAUCGCAUAUGCAGUUCAACAAAUAUGCCUCUACAUGCAUGACCCGCGAGAACCACACUUCACGGCGUUGAAACGUAUUCUCCGUUAUAUCAAAGGCACGAUCUCACAAGGCCUUCACAUUACACCAUCCAAGACUACGACGCUCACGGCUUACACUGAUGCUGAUUGGGGAGGCUGCCCCAACACACGGCGAUCGACCUCUGGUUUUUGUGUGUACUUAGGUGAUAACCUCAUCUCAUGGUCAUCCAAACGCCAGCCAACAGUCUCUCGCUCCAGUGCCGAGGCAGAAUAUCGUGGUGUCGCAAAUGUGGUUGCUGAGACAAUCUGGGUACGCAAUCUCCUACUUGAGAUUCAUUGCCCGAUUCAAACUGCUACUAUUGUUUACUGUGACAAUGUUAGUGCGGUAUACUUGUCUACAAACCCAAUCCAACACCAACGAACGAAGCAUGUCGAGCUUGACAUACAUUUUGUGCGAGAAAAACUGGCGCUUGGACAGGUGCGUGUCCUCCACGUUCCUCGUCUCAGCAAUACGCCGACAUCUUCACAAAGGGACUUCCCUCCACCCUCUUCAAUGAGUUCAAGACCAGUCUCAACGUUAGAGAUCCACACGUUGUGA